AUGGAGCUGCGGCGGAUAGUGCUGCAGUGGAUCCAGGAGGCCUGCGUGGCGCAGGGCGACGUGGACUUGGCCUCCAGAGCGGGUGCCAAGAUUUUCACCUUCGGCUCCUACAGGUUGGGCCUCAUAGGCCCUGGCUCCGACAUCGAUGUGCUGUGCGUGGCGCCAAAGAACAUCUCCAGAGAUUCCUUCUUUCAGGUGCUGGUGCCAAAGCUGCAGGAGCACCCAGAUGUUGCCGACGUGACGCCAGUACCAGAUGCUUACACGCCCAUCAUCAAGAUGAAGCUCUCUGGCAUCGAGAUUGACCUUCUCUUUGCCCGCUUGUCGUCCAUGACGGAGAUUCCAGAAGAUUUGGAGUCGCUGAAUGAUGACAACCUGCUCAAGAACCUCGAUGACAAGACGGUUCGGAGCCUGAACGGCUGCCGGGUCGCAGAUCACAUCUUAUCCCUGGUGCCCAACGCAGAAAGGUUUCGAGACACCCUGCGAUUCAUCAAGCUUUGGGCGAAGCGGAGAGGCAUCUACUCCAAUGUGUUGGGCUUCUUUGGCGGAAUCUCCUGGGCCAUCCUCGUGGCGCGGGUCUGCCAGCUGUACCCCCACAGCAACGCUGCCGCGCUGGUGAAGCGCUUCUUCCGCCUCUACGAGCGGUGGGACUGGAAGAAUCCAGUGGUGCUGACACACAUCCAGGAGAAGCCCAACACUCCGGGGCUGAUGAUGUUCAAGAUUUGGAACCCGAAGGUGUACCCGCAGGAUCGCCUGCACAUCAUGCCCAUCAUCACCCCCGCCUUCCCGUGCAUGAAUUCCACCCACAACGUCUCUGAGACGACAAAACGCAUCCUUCUCACCGAGAUCUCUCGUGCGUACAAGGUCGUAGAGCAGGUAGAAAGGGGCAAGUGCAAGUGGAGCGAAGUCUACAGGCCGUUGCCCUUCUUCAACCAGCACAAGUUCUACAUCCAGAUCGAAGCUUUGGCAUCUACACCCCAGGUCUUCACCAAAUGGCUGGGCUGGAUAGAGUCCAAGCUCCGGCAGCUUGUGAAGCACCUGGAGCAGAUCCCGUCAGUGUCAGUCCGGCCCUGGCCAAACCAUUUGGCUUUCGAGGAUCCUGAGUGGAAGCACGCAGUGUCUAUCUUCAUGGGCCUGAAUGUGGAGAAGGCCCCGGGUCAGCAAAGCCACUCAGUUGACUUGCGCCGGACGGCUCUGCGAUUCGCAGAGAUCAUCAACGGCUGGCCGGAUAUGUCCCAGCACACCGGGCAAUGCGAAAUGAGAAUACGGGAUGUCAGACGACGGGACCUGCCCAGCUUUGCAGUUCCGGACGGUCAGAAACCCCAAGGGCUGCUACGAGCCUUUACGGACGACGUGCCCGGCACUGACGAGGUGGCGCAGAGUGCGGCGUUGGCGCAGGAGGCGGCGGCAGAGGGACUGCCCGCGCCCGUUCCGCUGGAGCCCGCGCCGCAACCUUUGCCUCCUGGAAUCGUGGAAGGCCCGCCAAAGAAGCGAAAGCUGGAGCCAUUGCCCAACACGCAAAACGAGUCCGGGAAGCGGAAGAUGUCGAAGAUCACAGUGAAACUGGCUGGCUGA